AUGUCCCCUUCUGGUUGGAUGGAGGAGGAUCAAUUUGUACAAUGGAUUAACUCUGUCUUCAUUCCUUUUAAAAAUGUAAAUUGUGAAGGCCGAGUAGUUUUAAUAGCUGAUGAUCAUUUAACUCAUGUUUUUAUGGCAGCAAUUCAACUAUACCAAAAGUAUAAUAUUGACUUGGUAAUUUUACCAUCCCGUUCUUCAAAAUUUUUUCAAUCACUUGAUUCGAACGUUUAUAGUCACGUUAAAAAUGUCUGGCGCGCAAUUCUUCAACAACACUACAGAGAAACUGGUUUUAGAAAUGUUGGUAAGCUAACAUUUCCUCUCUUACUUUUUAAGUUACAUUCAUUAGAGCAGGAUUUAAAAAUAUCACAUGCAGUCCGUGGUUUUAAAAGUAUAAAUCUCUAUCCAUUGAAUAAAAAUGCAGUUAAUAAAGAGAAACUCAAGCUUUCAGAGCUUUAA